AUGGAUCCCACUACCCCCACUACGACAUGGUUUUGUGGCCACUGCAAUCAGAACGUACGCAAACGUACUUUCUUCAUCCACAGACAGAAGUACUACAACAAAGCAACUAGAGAAUGGAGACAAGAAAAUGCGAUGAGAAAGCACCAUAUGCAGAGCCGCGCCAGGGCAGUGCCAGACCCACUCGGCAACGUCAACAGUGAUUCUGACAGUGAUACUACUACUUCUAGUGAGCCCAGCUCAGAGUGCCCACCGAUUGAUCUGGACCGCCCUGACACUGACCAGGAAUCCAGCAGUACUUCAGAAAGUUUGGAUGAGAGUGGGUCCUCACAGAGCGACCUCGAGAGUGACGAUUCAGUGACAGAAGAUGGCGCAGAAGAAAGUGAAGCACCCUCUGAGUCUGACUCAGAGGAAGAGAUCUGGGAAGGCAGUGAAGGUGAGGAACAGCUACUGCGGGACCUGCACACCGCUGCCGUGAAUGACUCGACUGAGCCGGUCACCAAAGAAGCAAGAAGUGACCCAGUCAUCACCGUGGUAACCUGGCUGCUGACAUUUUUAGUCAUAUGGCAGGCCCACUAUCAUGUCAGUAACAAUGGGUUGGAGCACCUGAUGUCAUUUUUAUUUCCUGUCUUAGAGAGUUUGGGAGUAGAUUCUAGCUGCCUGCAGGGUUUGUCCUCGUUAUAUUUGACAUGUAAAGUUUUGAGUAUUGACAGAGAUAAUUUUACCAAGUACUGUGUGUGCCCCAACCCUAAGUGCUGUAAGUUAUAUCCUAUGGAUAAACUGUACGAAGUUGUUAAUGGAGUUGAGAGACCCAGACGUUGUGAUAACAGUAGGAAAGUUAGAAAAAGAAACAUAAAAUGCAAUACCAUCAUAUCCAGGGAAAUCAUUACUACGGUUUCUAGGAGACGGGUUUAUUACCCACUGAAAGUGUACUGUUUCAAGAGUAUCAUUGAAUCACUUGAAUCUUUGGUGAAGAAAGAGGGUUUUGAAGAGAAGUGUGAAGCCUGGAGAGACCGAAAUGUGUCACAUAUGGGACUGUAUGGUGAUGUCUUUGAAGGAAAGGUUUGGAAAGAUUUUCAACAAUGGAACGGAAAGGAUUUCCUCUCUGUUCCACGCAACUAUGCACUCAUGAUGAAUGUUGACUGGUUUCAGCCAUUCAAGCGUAGAAAUGAUUAUUCUGUAGGUGUAAUAUAUGUCACUGUAAUGAAUCUGCCGCGGUCAGAGAGGUUUAGAUUGGAAAAUGUCAUGUUAGUUGGGGUUAUUCCUGCCCUUGCGAAUGAGCCUAAGUCACUAAGUACAUUUUUAGACCCUAUUGUGACAGAGUUGAAGUUCCUCUGGGAGCAAGGUGUGUCCUUCACCACGCACAUGUCUCCAUGCUUUCCAUUGAAAUUCCGAGCUGCACUUUUGUGCUGUGCUGCUGACAUACCUGCUGCAAGGAAAUUGUGUGGCUUUUUGGGUCAUGCAGCCAAAUUAGGCUGUUCAAAAUGUAAAAAGGAAUUCAAACGAGUUGAUAAUAAAGCCGACUACUCUGGUUUUGAACGGGACACCUGGCCCUUGAGGACUGAUACAGAACACAGACGGCAGGCUCAGGUAAUCAAUAGGUGUACGAACAAUGCAGAGAGACUUAGACUUGAGAAACAGUUUGGCACUCGGUACACUCCUCUUUUAGAGUUACCUUAUUAUCAGGCUGUUAGAUUUUGUGUAAUUGAUCCUCUCCACAACCUUUUUUUGGGAACAGCUAAACGUAUGUUUAAGACCUGGGUAGAUCGGGAGAUCUUGACGAAGGCUGAUUUAGUUGAAGUAAGUAAACGCAUUGAAACUGUUGUUGUGCCUCCAGGUAUGGGACGAAUUCCAACAGGAAUUUCAUCUAAUUUUGGUGCAUUUACUGCUGAGGAGUGGAAAAAUUGGACGCUUUACUAUUCAAGCUAUUGUCUGGAUGGUCUCCUUCCAAAAGAGCAUAUGGAUUGUUGGCAAAUGUUUGUGCUGGCAUGCAAAAAGAUAUGUCAGCCUGUUGUGAGGGAAAGCGAAAUAAACUAUGCUGAUGCUGCGUUUGUGACCUUUGGCAAAAAAGUUGAACAUUCAAAUUUGUUUGGAAACUCUUUCGUCACUCCCAACAUGCAUCUUCACUGCCACCUAAAGCAAUGUGUUCUUGAUUAUGGGCCAGUGUAUGGUUUUUGGCUUUUUAGCUUCGAGCGGUAUAAUGGCAUUCUUGGUUCAGAGUGUACCAACAAUCGUGGAAUUGAAAUCCAAUUGAUGAGAAAAUUUCUUGUAAGCGGGUUUGCUCAUUCCAUCCCUUUACCAACAGAUCUAUGGGAGAAAUUUGGCGUACUAUUUGCAAAAUUUUACUCCAAGAGCAGUAAUUCAGAUAUUUCACCCGCUGUUGAAAUUGAUCUCCAGACGAUGGCUACCACUCUCAAUGUGUCAGAUAUUGAUUGGUCUGAAGACCCUGAGACGAUUCAACUACCCAUCAAUUUCACAAGAGUGUCCUUAUCAAGAGAUGAGAAGCGUUCUCUUGCUAGUGCAUAUUCCUCAAUGUAUCCUGAAGAUAGCAUUUCAAAUAUGGCUGAAACGGUGAGAAAAUAUAACACUUGCCAGGUAGGACAAGAAUUCUUUGGCUCCAAAGUGGCCUCUAGGUCAAGAAACUCAGCUUGUAUCAUGGGCCGAUGGGCAUCUAAUGAAGGUGAUGUUGACAUAGGUAAUGGCUUGAGACCUGGAAUGAUUCAAUGUUUCUAUAGACAUACUGUAGAGAUUAAUGGAAAGCCAAGUGGCCAUGUAUUUGCAGUUGUGGAAUGGUACAAGGUAUCUCCUAUGAAAGACAAAAUCGGCCAGGGGAAAUGUUGUACCGUAUGGAGAAAGGGUUUUGUGAGUCGAGGUGGUGCCUCAUUUGUACCUGUACAGCGUAUAUAUAGUAAAACUGUGUGUGCACACACUAAGGUAGAUGGACAAAAAGUGGUUAUUGUCAGCCCUGUUGUCAGAAAAACAUAUUUAUAAAGUGUUGAAGAAGCACUGAGUUUUACUGUAGUACAGCGUAUUAUUUUGGCUCGAGAUUAGAAUGAUACUUGAUAGUAUGCAGCAUCCCGCUCUCUGUAUAUGCUGCUGUUGAAAUAAGCAAUGCUGAAGCAUGGGGGAAUGACUGUAUUGAAGAUUGUUCCUUAACCUUCACCGUGUAAACAAUUAAGUAAUGUCUGUAAAUAUCCUUGUACAAAUAGUAGUGCCAAAGCAUUGAUUAAUGGACUGUGAGCAAGGACUGUAAUGUGUGAAUUGGUUCUUCAAGAUGUAAAUGAUUAAGUACUGUCCAUAUGUAUUUCUGUAGAAAUAGCAGUGCCAAGGUAACAAUGACUGAUAAAGUGAACAAGGACUGUAAUCUGAAGAUUGUUUCUUCACCAUGUUAACGAUUAAGUACUGUCUGUUUAUAUAUCUGUACAAAUAGUAGUGCCGAGGUAUCAAUGACUGAUAAAGUGAACAAGGACUGUAAUAUAAAGAUUGUUUCUUCACCAUUUUAGUGAUUAAAUACUGUCUGUUUAUAUAUCUGUGAAGUUUGUAUUAAUGCUAAAAUGAACAAGGACUUACAUGAAGAUUUUUCUGCAGCACAACAUGUACUAUAU